AUGGUCGAUCCUCGUCAAUAUUUAUUUCCAUUAAUAUUAUUUCUUUUUCAAAUUGUAUUCACAUUUUUACUUGGCUUUCAUAGUGAGUAUAAAUAUUUUCCUGCUUCAAAUGUUACUGAUUAUGAAAGUCCAUCGCGUGGUCUUGUGGAGUUUUACUAUGCUAUGUUUACUGAUAUACAUGUUAUGAUGUUUAUUGGUUUUGGAUUUUUAAUGACAUUUUUACGUCGUUAUUCAUUUUCAUCUGUUGGAUUUAAUUUUAUUUUAUGUGCUUUCACAUUAGAAUGGGCUAUAAUUCUACGUGGUUAUUUAUUUGAUUGGGAUAGUACAACUCAAAAAUUUAUAGUUGAUGUACAAAGUUUAGCAACAGCAGAUUUUGUAUCAGCUAGUAUACUUAUAUCAAUGGGUGCUCUUUUAGGAAAAGUAAAUUCUGUUCAAUUAAUAGUAAUGUCAUUUAUUGAAGUACCUAUACAAGUUGUUAAUGAAUGGAUAGGUCUACAUUUAUUUUGUGGAUUUGAUCCUGGUGAAUCUAUGUAUGUUCAUGUAUUUGGUGCAUAUUUUGGUUUAGCAGCUACAUUUGUUUUAUUUCGUUCGGAUUUUCUUGAUUCUCCACUAGAAAAAUCACGUUAUACAUCCGAUUUAUUUGCAAUGAUUGGUUCAAUAUUUCUUUUUUGUUUUUGGCCAUCAUUUAAUGCGGGUGUUACAACUGGUUCGGAUCGUAUUCAUGCUGUUACAAAUACAUAUAUAUCAAUAUGUGCUUCAGUUAUUGGAGCUUUUCUUAUGUCAUCACUUCUUAAAAAAAAUAAAUUUGAUAUGGUUCAUGUACAAAAUUCCACAUUAGCUGGUGGAGUUGCAGUUGGAACAGUAGCAGGUUCAAAUAUUGGUCUUCAUGGCGCGAUGGUUAUUGGUACACUUGCUGGUAUGAUAUCAGUUUUAGGUUAUAAUUUUGUUUCACCUAGAUUACCAAAUAUACGUAUUCAUGAUACAUGUGGUGUAAAUAAUUUACAUGGAAUGCCUGGAUUAAUGGCUGGUAUAACAGGAAUUAUUGUUGCUUCGAUUGGUGAUCGUUCAGGUUUUUCAAAACAUUUAACAGAUACAUGUCGUGGUGGUGGAAAAUCUCGAGAUAGUAGUACACAAUCUGGUUUUCAAGCAGCUGCACUUGGACUUACAUUAGGUAUGGCUAUUGUUGGUGGACUUAUAGCAGGUAUGAUAUUACGAUUACCAAUAUUUGCUCAAAAAGGGAAAGAUUUUGAUGAUGAAGAAAAUUGGCAUUUACCUGAAAAUGAAAGUAAAGAAGAUAUUACACGUGGUAUAACAAUGGCACGAACAGCUUUAUAA